AAUUCUCGAACCAAGAGAGAGAAGAGGAGGAGGGAGAAGGCGAGACUGCGAGAGAAGAGAGACUGAGACAGAAGGUUCUAGAGAGCCGGAGAAGGAAACAAGUUGUUGGGUUAACAAAGAAGCUAAGCUUUGCUUUCUUGGAACACAGGAAGCCGCGGCCAUGGCAGAGUCUAAUGAUUCCGUUUCCAUCGAUGCGGACAAGAUCUAUCUUGGUGGAAAGGAAUACCAUGUACCUACAGGCCGUGGUUCUGUGUCUGUUAUAGUCUGUGGAGACCAAGACAAGCCUGCACUGAUAACAUAUCCUGAUCUAGCACUAAAUCAUAUGUCUUGUUUCCAAGGACUAUUCUUCUGUCCAGAGGCAGCUUCCUUGCUGCUCCACAACUUCUGCAUUUACCACAUCAGUCCUCCUGGGCAUGAGUUUGGAGCUGCUCCAAUAUGUCCAAAUUAUCCUGCGCCUUCUGUAGAUGACUUAGCAGAUCAGAUCCUUGAGGUUCUUAACUAUUUCGGGCUUGGUGAAGUUAUGUGCAUGGGAGUAACAGCGGGUGCUUACAUCUUGACUCUUUUUGCUAUGAAAUAUAGAGAGCGUGUUCUUGGUUUGAUACUUAUAUCUCCACUAUGCAAAGCUCCCUCCUGGACUGAAUGGUUUUAUAACAAGGUUAUGUUGAAUUUGUUAUAUUUUUAUGGUAUGUGUGGAUUACUUCAAGAGUUCUUGCUUCAGAGAUACUUCAGCAAGGAAGUCCGUGGUAAUGCUGAAGUUCCAGAGUCAGAUAUAGUUCAAGCAUGUAGAAGAUUGUUGGAUGAGAGGCAGAGCACAAAUGUUAUCCCAUUUCUCCAGGCAAUUAACAGGAGACCUGACAUUACUAGUGGGUUGAAGAGGCUAAAAUGUCGAACCCUGAUAUUUGUUGGGGAUAACUCUCCUUUCCAUUCUGAGGCUCUCCACAUGGUAUCAAAGUUAGAUAAAAGGUUUAGUGCCUUAGUUGAGGUAUGGAAGCGUAAUUUUUUUUUCACAUGUUUGUGUUACAAAUACAAUGCUUUGAAUUACACUGCACAGCUUAUGCGUUCAGUGAUCUACAUGACUGGUAUUCAAUAAUGUGUGGAUUGUUUUUGUCUUUGCAGGUCCAGGCCUGCGGAUCAAUGGUAACAGAAGAGCAGCCACAUGCAAUGUUGAUACCCAUGGAGUACUUCUUCAUGGGGUAUGGGUUGUACAGACCUAGCCAGCUGAGUGACAGCCCUCGGAGCCCACUAAGUCCAUCAUGCAUCUCCCCAGAGCUUCUCUCUCCAGAAAGCAUGGGUUUGAAACUGAAACCUAUAAAGACCCGUGUACCGCAUGAAGUUUGACAAGGGAUGUUGAAAUGUUGUCUACUUUUUUCUUUUUCCUUAAUAAUUUUUUGGUUCUUUUCCGUUCAAAAUGGUUUAAGAAGGGUAGUAGGAACAGGUAAAGGAGGUGGGGAUUGUAGAUACAGGAAGAAGUGAAUAGGUAUUGUGACCUGCAUUCAUUCUUUUGUAGUCAAUCAUAAAAAGAGUCAUUGAGCUGUUGUAUGUAAAAUUCUAAGCAGGACUGCAAUUUAUUUAUGAUGACGAGAAAUCAAUAAUGAUAGCAAUUUAAC